AUGGGAGAGAAUACGGAGGUAGCGGUCGGAACAGCGGCAGGCCAAACUAUCUUUUCUCCUUCGCCUGACAAAUCGUAUGCGCAGAUGCGGGUAGAGCAGGCUGCUGCUCCAAAAACGCAGGCGGAGCGUCCGGCGCGACGCAAAAAGGCCAGCAGAGCCUGUUAUCACUGCCAGAAAGCACAUCUGACAUGCGAUGACUCGCGUCCGUGUCAGAGAUGUGUCAGAAAAGGACUUGCACACCAGUGUGUGGAUGGAUAUCGAAAAAAAGCCAAGUACCUCUUAGAAGAAGAUGAAAUUCCAUCAUCUGCAUCGGCCGUGACACCGACAGAGUCCAUGCAUCAUCAUACCACAACACCUCGACGAGAUACAAGCAUAUUAUUGAACAAUGCUCCCGAUAGGCUCUCCGUUUCACACCCCGGCGCCCAUUUUACGAACCCCUCCUUAUUUGGGAACACUACUUCACAUGGCUUCUUGCGCCCCAAUGAUCAGCAUGCAGCUCAGAACUUAUCUCGCUUCAUGCGACCUGAUGUGGGGCGCUCUGCGGCUACCGAUAAAGGAUCCAUAUGGAGCAACGAACCCGUCUCUCUCGAAAGCUCGAUCCUCUCGUCCAUGAUCCAUGACAUGGACUACUCGAAACAGAGCUCCGAUUCGCCCGAUGGGCCUUCUAUACCCGCGAUGGACUUGAUGGAAAGUUAUACUCAUAUCAGCAAUAUGCCCAUGGGUGAAGAUGAGCUGAACCCGAAUGGUGUGCCCCAACCAUCGUCAACAUUGCAGUCCGGCAGCAUGCUCGGUCAAUCCCCCCAAAAUACAUUUUCGCCGCUUUCGUUUGUUCAUGGACCAAACAUGCCAAAUACAACCGUACUCGGAAAGGCACCAGACAUGACGCAAUUCGAUACUGAAACUAGCUUGCGGAGUAAUGCAGAGGCAGACCUGUCUCAUCAUGCGGCGAUACAGCAGCGUCCUGGUAUGCCAUAUAAACCCGAAAGUGAAAUUCAUAUGGAUCAGAUAUGGCGUCAGCGCGUGGCUAAAGUGUAUCGUGACAAUACCAGGCCGUUCCCUUACACCGAAGGCUACCAUAUUCUACUAAAGUAUGCAACGCAAAAGUACGAGAAAGCAGAUGUUCUACGGAUCGUGCGUGCAUUGGCUAUAUACCGCCCGUCACUCAUUGCAUUGCAAAUGCCGCUCAGUGAAGAAGACGAGAUUUUUGUGGAACGUGCGUUCCAACGGACCAUUCUUGAAUUUGAGAAGCUCAUCUCCUUUUCAGGUACACCUACCGUCGUCUGGCGCAGGACGUGUGAAAUUGCGGUCGUGGGCGCAGAGUUCUGCAUGUUGACACAGUGGAGUAAGGACGAUCUGAUGGGAAAGUACAUUUAUCAAUUCAUGGACAAGGAAUCAGUCAUUCAUUACUGGGAAACAUUUGCGAGUCACGCGUUUGAAAACACGACACAGUCGGUCAUGACCAAAUGUACGCUGAUCUCGCCUACGGGCAAGCAUAUUCCCUGUACGUGGUGUUUUACCAUCAAACGCGAUCCCUUCGAUCUCCCAGGAUACGUCGUGGGGAACUUUCUGCCUAUCUUGUCAUAG